UAUUUUUCUCCUAAUUUGCCCGCAAACGGCAUAGUAUUUUGUUUAACCUUUCUUCUUUGAGAUGGCUUUGACUUUAUCGGUACUUAGCAGAUUAAAGGUGGCUAUAUGCUGAGCAGUCUUUGCUCUAAGUUAAGGAAAUAGCUUUUCCUGCUGGGCAAAAGGAUUGGUACAGAAAGUGUUGAGGUAUACAAGGUAGAUAAAAUGGAAACAAGUAAAUUGCAGAGGAAGGCAGAGGAAGAGUGUGACAAGAAGGAGACUGAAAGCAGUGACCUUGAGGCUGAAGUCGGACAGGAAAGUCUUGGUCAUACAUCACAGAGUAGCCUCCCUUCCAUGCAGUCAGUUGAUACCAACAGCAAAUCUGAAUCAGGUGUUCCUUUGAACACAAGAGUGUCUGAAAUUAACGUUAAAUAUCUGAUUAACCACAGCGUUCAUCUCAAAGGUGAUAAUGUUUCCAGUGAGCAAGUGCGUCAUAAUGAAGGAAUGGGGGGUAAGAGUUUACUGCGUAAAAUUCUGUCAGCCUCGUCUGUUAAGAGUGAAAAAGCUGAAUUGACCCAGAAACGCCUUGGUGUAGAGUCUCUUCAUGAAGGAAAUUCUUCUCCUCUUGGGACUGACUUCGCUGCAGGGAGACCGGUUAUACAAUCGAAGAGAAUGUCAAGAAUAACUGACAGGCUGAAGUUACGUGUUCUUUCAGCAAAUAGCAAGCCUGAAUCUGGUAGUGACAGUGAAGUAAGUGGAGGGUCAUUACAGACAGCUGACUCUAACAACACUGCGGAGUCAUCAGGAACUAUACCAUCACUUGGCGAGGACAAAAACAGUACAGAUGCUGUGAGACAUUUUGCAUCUUGUCUUGAUGUAUCUGUGAAGGAUAGCCCACCUAGUUCUGCAGCUGUGGUCAAGGUUGAGGAGGAUGCUGAUUCAGCUACAUGCAGGAAACAACAUGAAUGCAAUGUUUGCCAGAAAAGCUUUCCUUCUUUAAUCUGCCUCAAUACCCACAAACAAACACAUGAAGGUAAAAAUGGAUAUAAACACACGAACAGUAUUAGAAGAAAAGCAUUUACUCCACGCAACAGAUUGAAACCAGACGAUUCGACGACUUCAAAAGAAGGCGCCCAGAGCUCUAACGCACUUGGCGAAAGCGUUCCCAGUGUGUCUAAAGAGAAGACCCCAAGGCCAUCUAAAAUACAGACUGAUGACAAGCCUUGCAUCUGCAGUAUUUGUGGUAAAUGCUUUAGGCUGCCUUGCUUAUUAAGGCAACACCGUAAAACUCACUUAGGUUUAAAACCACACAACUGCAGCAUUUGUGGCAAAGGUUUUACCCAGCUUGCUCACCUUAAAGUACAUAUUCGAUCACACACAGGUGAAAAACCUUACACUUGCAAUAUUUGUCAUAAAAACUUCACCCUCCAAUCUUCGGUAAAGAGACAUAGCCUAAUACACUGUAGUGAAAGGCCCUUUAAGUGUAGCAUGUGUGGCAAAAGCUAUACUUGCAUGUCUGACCUAGGUAAACACGAGAAAACUCAUUCGGAAACUCUGUCCAAAAAGGCUAAUAGUCACUUGUGCAAAACUUGUGGCAAACGUUUUCCUCGUCAGUCGGAAUUAAGGAGGCACUCUUACAUACAUACAGGUGAAAGGCCUUACGUUUGUAGCACAUGUGGGAAAGGCUUUCCAGAACACUACAAGCUGAGAAUACACAAUUUGAUUCACACAGGUGAAAAACCACAUGUGUGUGAUGUUUGUGGCAAACGUUUUACCCAGCAGUCGGGGUUAAUCUCGCACAGUGUAACCCACACAGGGCAGAGGCCAUACAGCUGCGAUACAUGUGGUAAAAGCUUCACCCACCCAUCCGCUCUGUCCACACAUAAGCGAAUUCACACAGGGGAAAAGCCAUUCACCUGCACUACCUGUGGCAAAAGCUUCGGCAAAAAUUGCUCACUGAAAACACACAUGCUUACCCACACAGGCGAAAAGCCUUUUGUCUGCGAUGUGUGCGGCAAAAGUUACAAUCAGUCAUAUAAAUUAAAAACGCAUAAAGUGAUACAUACAGGUAGAAUGCCUUACAACUGUGACCUGUGUGGGAAAGGCUUUACUGAACAGUCUGGUUUAAAACGACAUGGCCAGUCACAUACAGGUGAAAAGCCAUUCACCUGUGAUAUCUGUGGUACGAGUUAUACCCGUCAGUUCUCACUGAAAAUACACUAUAAAAAAUGUCAAGCAUCUGUACUGAAAAAUGGGCCGAGUAAUUCUUCUUCAACAGAUAUGACAAAAAGUUAAAAUUUUACAUUCACAAAGACUGCAUGGUGGUAUAUUAACUUUCAUUUACUCCUACAUGUAUUUCUUUGUAUG